GAGACAGCUCGAAGUGACCAAAGUGUAAGGUCUUGAAGGUGUUCCACUUCCCGACUUGGCGGCUUGAUGUGAAUCAAUCGGCGCACUUGAACACGAGAAGGAAGAGCCAAAGAGCUCAAAGGUCAAUCAGCCUUGCUUAUCAUCUUGAUGGUCCUGGAUCCUUUAGGUAGGAGUAGUUUGACGUGAGUGCAGUUCGUGAGAGAGCACCAGCGUGACUGUGCUCGAUUGAGUUGGAUUCUAGUGGUGUUCAAGCAAGAGCUUCCUCCUUCGUUGUGGUUUGCCGUUCCUUGCCUGUCUUCCUCCGGCGGUACGAUUUGGGCAAGAACUUCUACUGACCUUUCUACGGUUUGGCGAACCUUUUGGGCAGUUAGCAACCUACAGGAGAACACAACAUCCAACAUUCUACUCCUACCUUGAAGCAGAACUUGUGGCUACUUCUUCUACCACUACAGAACAAAAACUUCUGCUGCUUCAGCACUAGACUAGUUAGCAACACUUGUGUUCCUGUUCGACGUGUUCUAGUGUUCCCCCGCGGCUACAGCAAAGACGUCGUCAUCUACCUGGCGUCUGCCGCCGAUAAGCGAGAAAAAAGACUGGGACGCAUGGGCCCACUCUGUCAAGAUGUUAGUGCGUUCAGUCGGAAUUUAUCCGCAAUUCAUCAACCUGGUGGAUCAUGAAUCGAACCAGAUCGAGGAUGCUAAUCCCCUCCUCGAUGCAGCACAGCUGGAAAAAUAUUUGGCCAUGGAAGCAUCACUUGCUACAGCGGUCCAAGGAAAAGCCAAGACGAUCACUGUCAAUGCUGGUUGUCUCACGUUCCUGGACACUUACCGUCAGCUGCGCAAGCACUUCAGCACCAAUCAGCAGAUUGACAAGAUGAAGAUGAACAACGAACUUCAAAAUGAAAAGUUUGAACUCAGUAAAAACAGCGACCUAGAAGUUUGGACUUACGACCAGUAUGCUAAGGCGCAACGGGUCGGAGCUCCAAUGCUACCAGUAGACCGGGUCGAGGUUCAGAUGAAGCACAUCCUGACCAAUCUUCUUGAUCCGGCACUAGAUGACAAGAUGGCUGAGUUCCGCCAGAAGUUCGAGACCAUGACCUGGCAACAAAUGCUGGCUGAGGCUCAAGACUACGUUAACAGCGGUCAAGCAGGAAAGCAGAAGGAAAUCCAAGCACGGAUGAACCUUGCGACCGUGUCCAACAACAGCAACGGCAACAAUUCUGCACUCAGCAUGAUGUGUUCUAGUGAUCCGAUGCAGAAUAUGCUCAUCCAGAAUCAGAACAUGAUGAUGAUGAUGAUGAUGAUGAACAACAGCAACAUGAACACUCCGGGCGGUGCCUCUAGUUCCAAUCCAAAUGCCUUCUUGGCUGGUGGUGGUGGAAGCAGUUCCUCCGACAGCCGCUGGUGUACCUUUUGCAACAAGCCGCGUCACACCGAUGACAACUGUUUCCGCAAGAAAAAGUGGCUACAGCAACAAGCUGCUGCGGCAGCCACCAAAGGUAGCGGCAAAAGCACGAAGAAAGGCGGUGGCGCACAACAGCAAAAAGGAGGUGGCAAGAACCAGCAGAAAGCAGGUGGAAAGCCAAAAGGACCAGCACAAGUGAAGGGCAGCUGGAAAGGAAAGGCGAAGGGUGUUUUCAAGAAGCACUGAGCCAACAACGAGAAAAAGGACUGCCUUGGGGGCAGCUGAAAGGAAGCUACGUGCUUCGGAGUGUCUACACAAGCUGAACCAACAACAAGUUUCUCAACAAAAGAGGACAGUUAUAACAUGCUGAAUGUGUCUUCGAACUCAGAUAGUUUCUUCAGUCAUAACGUGUCUAAAAGUUCAACAUAUCACUUCAAGUCAUACAAUUCAACUUCUUCAAAUUUCAAAUAUGUAGCUGUAGCAUGUUACAACUGUACACAGCACGACCAAGAACAACAAGACAAGCCCUUUCCCCUUUGCUACCCCUGCGAGGUACCCCCUGAAGAACAAAGACAAAACAUGGACUGUGAGUCCUAUUCAGACAAUUUGCUGCUGACAACUGAUUUUGACUCCAACUAUUUCAGGACCAGUGAUCAGAUGGAUGAUAUUGACUAUGACCCAAAUAAAAGUGAACUAUUUUGCUGUCAGAUCGAUGAUAGCUUAGAUGCGAUCCGUGUAGAGAUAAAUUCGGC